AUGUUUCGAAGGAACCGGGGUGAACUUGCAGAGGGCUGGUAUGAUCCUGCUACGCUUGAUCGGGCACGUCAGAACUUCGAGCCGCCGUCGGUUGAAGAUAAAGGACGGGAGUCCCCGGACUAUACGCAGGGUGAAGGCGCGACUGGAUCUGCAGCCCAAGAGACACAACCAGAGGUCGAGGAUGACGAUGACGAAUACGGACCAACUCUCCCUCAACCUAGCUCGGCGAGGGUUGGAUUCAUGGGACCUACUAUCCCGAGAAUGCAAGAUCUCGAGCUCAAGAGAGAAACCGCCAUUGAAGAUGCUAUUGCAUCACGUGGUGAAUCGCGCGAUCAAUAUCGCGCCGAGUUACGUUCCCACAAGGCUGCUACGCGGCAUCUGGAAGAUGAGAUUGCACCGCGGGCUGAGGCAGGUACACGAGAAAGACAGCUUGAAAAGCGCCGAGAAGUCGCUGCUAGUAAUCGUGCUUUUGCGGAUUCUCGGCGUGGCGACUCGCCUGAUGGGGCUCGCGAUGAAGAUAUCAUGGGCGGGGACAAUGAACUAUCUGCCCUCAAGCAGGAAAAGGAGAAGGACCAGCGUAAGAAAAACGAACGCGAGAUUCGGAGAGAGGAAAUCCUGCGUGCGCGAACAGCCGAGCGAGAGGAACGGGUGCAGCAAUAUCGUCAGAAAGAAGAGGAAACUAUGAGCUUUCUGCAGGCCCUGGCCAAGCAGCGCUUUGGUUAG